AUGUUGCCCACGCCAGAUACCUCGCAUGUUCCAUACGAAAGGGUAUACGAACCCGCGGAGGACUCCUUUCUGCUCCUCGACACGCUCGCCUCCCCGGCGGAAUGCGCCUUUCUCACCCAGCGCUUCGCCCACACCGCGCCGCUCAUUGUCGAGAUUGGCACGGGCUCCGGCGUCGUCCUCGGGUUCGUCAACGCCCAGUGCGCGACCAUUUUUGGCAAGCCCGAGAUCCUCACCGCUGGCAUCGACAUGAACGCCUAUGCGUGCCGCGCCACUGUCGCCACGGUGCGCAAGGCCGCCGCCGACGAGCAGACGUCCACCGCCCGCCGAAGCGGGACAAAUCUCGGCGCCAGCAUGGCGGAUCUGACAUCGUGCUUCCGUCCGGGCACCGUGGACGUCCUCAUAUUCAACCCGCCGUACGUGCCCACGUCGGACAUGCCCGCCCGGCCCCAGACGUUUUCGCUCGAGGUGCCGGCGGCGGCGGCGCCGGAGCCCUCGUUUGACGACGACUCGUACCUGCUGGCCUUGUCGUAUGCGGGUGGCGCCGACGGCAUGGAGACCACGGACAGACUGUUGCCGGACCUGGGUAGGAUCUUGUCGGCGCGGGGUUGCGCAUACGUCUUGCUGUGUGCGCAGAACAAGCCGGACCUGGUGAAGAGGAAGAUACCGGAGCAGCUUGGGGAGGGCUGGAAGGCCGAGACAGUAGGGUCGAGCGGCAAGACGGCCGGCUGGGAAAAGCUGCAAGUUGUGCGGAUAUGGAAUGAUGCUUGA